CCUGGUACACCACUAAUGAGCCCUGGGUGCCCCCAAAUAGUCCUGGUCCCCCCAAUUAGUCCUGGGUACCCCCUAAUUAACCCCGGGUGCCCCCCAUUAACCCUGGGUGCCCCCACAGGGCUGCGCUCCCCCUCCCCGCUACAGGGGGGCGGGGCUACGAUUGGCCACGCCCCCUUCCAGCUCAAGCCCCGCCCACUCGCCCCAAUAACCCCGCCUAUUCGCACAAAGCCACGCCCAUCGCUACUCGCCCCACCCCCUCGGCGGAAGUCUCGCGAGAGCGGCGGCGGCGGGCGGGAUGUGCGGGGGCUGUGUGGGCACCGAGUUCCCCGAGCGGACCUGUGCAAGAACUGUCACCACCUGAUCGCGCGCCACGAGUACACCUUCAGCGUGGUGGAUGACUACCAGGAGUACACCAUGCUGUGCCUGCUGUGCGGCCGGGCCGAGGACUCCAUCAGCAUCCUGCCUGACGACCCCCGCCAGAUGACCCCGCUCUUCUGAAGCCCGUGGAGCUGUGGGACCGCGCUGCUGGUGCUGGGGGGCCUCGUUCCUGCUCCUGUUCAAACCUCCAGCCUGGGUGUGGAUGCUGCGUCCUCUGCUCCAGCCCCGUGCUGCUGCCUCCUCCUGAGUCCCUCCUUGCACUGAAGAAAGGGAGGGGGCCCAGAAACCCACCCUGAAAUGGCUCAGGGUGGCACAGCCACCUCGUCCCACCCCAAAGGGGCCCGUGUGGGCAAUAAAUGUGAGUGUGUAACAGC